AUGCAGGAACUUCAAUCGGAUUGGUGCUCCCCUACUCGCCUCCAAACCAGCCCCAUUGCCCGAUUCGAUUUUCCGGGAGAUCGGUUUAUACCCAGUAGGAGUUUGAUGGAUCUUGAUCAAGCGCGCAGUUUAUUGACCAACAGAACAACGCCCACCCGAAAUUCGAAUUUCAAUGAUGUAUACAGACGGAGCUUGGAGGACAAACUGACUUUGGAUUCGGAUGGGAAUCCAUUUAGGAUGCUGGUUUUUAGGGGAAGUCCCAAAUCAAACCGAAAGCCGAUCCGUUCUGUUGAUCUGAUGCGACAGGAUGAAGCAAAGGAAUUGGACAGUAGCAUUAAAAAUGUUCAGCCUCGAAGAUUGCCUAAGGGGGAAGCUAGGGUUCUGGAUGCAGUAAACAUAAAAAAUGACUUUUACUCCAGCGUCAUGGAUUGGGGGAAGAACAGUAUUCUUGCAGUUGCUCUGGGGAGCGAUUUGUUCCUCUGGAACUCGACGAACCGCGAAGUGCACAAACUGCUGCAUGUUGAUGAUCCGAGUGAUUUCCCAACCAGUGUAACCUGGUCUGAAAAUGCUAAAACUUUAGCCGUUGGAUAUAGGCGAUCCAAGCUCCAACUUUGGGAUGCUGAGACUUCCAAGCUUGUUAGGAGGUUUGAAAAUCACAAGGACAGGAUAGCCACCGUUGCGUGGAAUGGUCACGUUUUAACCUCCGGCAGCCGCGACGCAUCCAUCAUCAACCAUGAUGUCAGAGCAGGGAACAUUGUGGCUUCCAGAUUGCAGGCGCAUAAAGAAGAAGUGUGCGGUUUGAAAUGGUCAGAAGGAGGCAAUGUACUGGCAAGCGGAGGCAAUGAUAAUCUUCUGUACAUCUGGGACUCAUCGAAAAUGAACUCGAGUCGUUUCUUGUUUCGGUUUAGAGAGCAUAGUGCUGCAGUCAAGGCCCUCGCGUGGUGUCCCUAUCAGUCUGAGGUGCUUGCCUCUGGUGGAGGCACAGAAGAUGGGUGUAUUAAGUUAUGGAAUACAAAAAAGGGAACCUGCAUUAAAACCAUUGAAACCAAUGCUCAGGCAAGUUAUAGAAUUCGGUCUCCGUUUUGUGAGCUUUUCGUGUUUUUUUUUCCUUUUCGGUCUCUUGUUACCUGCAAUCAGUUCACGUUGUAUAUCCAGGUCUGUGGACUGGAGUGGAACAGGCACCACAAGGAGAUUCUGAGUGCCCAUGGCUAUAGUCGAAGCGAGCUCAUCAAGAAUCAGCUGUGCAUUUGGAGGUAUCCUUCUAUGGCGAAUGUCGGAAACUUGAAUCGCCAUACGUCCAGAAUCCUCCAUGUUUCCCAGAGCCCAGAUGGGUUAACUGUGGUAUCAGCUGGCGGAGAUGAGACACUUCGAUUCUGGGACAUCUUCGGACCACCAAGCAUCGACAAAAUCUCUCCUCUGGAUGGCCUCUUAUCUCUCAAGACUUCUCCCUUACGAUGAUGCGGAUAA